UGGCUGGCCCGGUGCGGGCGCCCGGCUCCCGCCGCCGAGGAAUACCAGCACCGCCGCCGCCGUCACUUCGGCCCGAAGCCGGGCGCCGUCCCCGGCCCGCGUCCCGAUCCCUCCCGGGACCCUGGCCAGGUGACCGUCCCGGCGAUGAAGUGUCACUACGAGGCGCUGGGGAUGCGGCGCGACGCCAGCGAGGAGGAGCUCAAGAAGGCCUAUCGGAAGCUGGCCUUGAAAUGGCACCCGGAUAAAAAUUUGGAUAAUGCCGCGGAAGCAGCCGAGCAAUUCAAAUUAAUCCAAGCAGCAUACGACGUGUUGAGCGACCCCCAAGAAAGAGCGUGGUAUGAUAAUCACAGAGAGGCUCUGCUGAAAGGUGGGCUUGAUGGAGAAUACCAGGACGACAGUCUGGAUUUGCUGCACUUCUUCACUGUGACCUGCUACUCUGGUUAUGGUGAUGACGAAAAGGGCUUCUACACUGUAUAUCGCAAUGUGUUUGAAAUGAUUGCAAAGGAGGAGCUGGAAUCUAUGUUGGAAGAGGACGUGGAGGACUUCCCCCCUUUCGGAGACUCCCAGAGUGACUAUGAUACGGUCGUCCAUCCUUUCUACGCCUACUGGCAGAGUUUCUGCACGCAAAAGAACUUUGCUUGGAAAGAGGAAUAUGAUACGCGACAAGCCUCUAACCGCUGGGAGAAGCGAGCCAUGGAGAAAGAGAACAAAAAGAUCCGAGACCGGGCCAGGAAGGAGAAGAACGAGCUCGUGCGUCAGCUGGUGGCUUUCAUCCGGAAGCGGGAUAAGCGCGUGCAGGCUCACCGCAGACUCGUGGAGGAGCAGAACGCAGAGAAGGCCCGCAAGGCGGAGGAGAUGCGGCGGCAGCAGAAGCUGAAGCAGGCCAAACUUGCAGAACAGUACAAAGAACAGAGCUGGAUGACGGUGGCUGACUUGGAGAAGGAGCUCAGGGAGAUGGAGGCCCGAUAUGAGAAGGAAUUCGGAGAUGGAUCGGAAGAAGAAAAUGUGGAGGAACAGGAGCUCAAAGAUGGACAGGAUGGCAGAGAGAGCGAGGAUGCCGAGGAUGCUGAGAUAUAUGAUGACCUUUACUGCCCGGCGUGUGACAAAUCUUUCAGGACAGAAAAGGCAAUGAAGAAUCAUGAGAAAUCAAAGAAGCAUCGAGAAAUGGUUGCCUUGUUAAAACAACAGUUGGAAGAGGAGGAAGAACAAUUUUCAGGACUUCUAACAGAUGAAAAUACACUGAAUGUCCAUUCUGAGGAAGAAAUAGAAGAUGCACCACAACAAAAGCUUUCUAAGAAACAGAAGAAAAAGAAACAGAAACCACUAGCACAGGAUCUCGGUGGUAAUAUUAAUGAAAACGGAACUGGAGAAGGAGUAAAGAGUGAUCCAGAAGACACCAGCUUAAACCAAGACAGUGCCAAAGAAUUGGAAGACCAUCCCCAAGAAAACAUCAGUGCUAAGGAGACUAUAGAACUCUGUGAUGACCCAAAGAGUGAAGCUAAAAGUUUGUUAUGA